GUGGGCCUCUUGUCCCCACCGCUUGCAAACAUCUCGAUAAGCUUGUGCUGAAUUACACUAAUCUUUAAAGAACCCACACUGCCCGAGGUACCUCAAUCUUGAAGAGAAAACUCACACUUUGAAAACUAGUUUUUGCCAGUGUUUAAUUUACUUUGGUUUUUGUCUGGGAUCAGUAUAAGCUUACGUUAGAAUGACUUCAACCCUGAGCAGAGGGUACCAUAUUGCAGCAUUCAGCUGGUAUGCCUUCGUUGUGAAGAGUCUCGCUGCUAAGAAUGAAGAGAAGCUACCACCAGGAAUCUUUGUUUAUGGAGGACCUUGGAAGUACCUUACUUUUUUGAAUUUGUUAUUACAAAUGUCCUUCUUUGGACUGGCGGCACUGAAUGAUCUACAACCUGCGAAAAAGUCAGAGAGUACUCUGAACAGAUGUAAAGACCUUCUCUUCUCUGUCUUUGCCUUCCCUGUGGGCAUGUUUGUUGUUCUACUUUUCUGGACCAUCUUUGCCUAUGACAGAGAAUUAGUCUACCCGGCAACUAUUGACACCUUCUUCCCUCCCUGGAUAAACCAUGCUAUGCACACAUUUGUCCUUCCUAUUUUACUGGGAGAAGUGCUGGUGCAGCCUCACAUCUAUCCACAGACUAAACAUGCACUGGCAGCAUUAGGAGGUGUGGGCUUGGCUUACUUAUCUUGGAUUAUAUGGGUGUACUUGUCAGUUGGAAUUUGGGUGUAUCCCCUUCUUGGGCACUUCAGCACCGCUGGCUUGAUGGGCUUCUUCUUUUUUAACAUGUCGGUGGUGACAGUGCUCUACGUGAUAGGAGACAAGCUCAACAGCCAUGUCUGGAGUAAGGACAUGAACAAAAUGAAAACAAAAGCAAAGUAAUUCAGCCUCUCAGCCACUUCAAAAUGGUCAAACAGUAAUCACAAAAAAAACAUUAAAGUUUUGAAAGAAGAUGUAACACAUUCUUCAUCUUUCUAAUUCAAAAAGUUAAAUUUGUAAGCAAUAAAAAGGCACCAUUGCUCAAAUAAAUACACUCAGGGGUUUUGCUGCUACAGCAUUUGUUGGUCUGGUUAUGACAGUGUUUAUACAGUCAUUGGGUAUGAGUAUGACCAGUAGCGUUUGAUGGCUAAAGUUAGUAAACCAAAUUGCUGUAUAACGCACAUUACUAUAUUACAUGAUUGUUCUCUGCUUGUGCUACUGUAAGCAUUUAGCUAAAUGCUAAACUACUGUUAAGCAAACAGUAAACUACUUUCAGCAUUCAGCUAAAAUCUAGCUGUAGCAUUAUUCCAUUACUGUCAGUUGUAGCCACAGUAGCUGCUGUGAAGCCAAUGUUACAUAGUUUCACUUUAAAGGGGUUAAUCUGUGCUGAAGCUGUAUACAACAUACAUUGUGUAACAUUGUUAUACACCAAGGGGUAUUUAACAUCAUACAAACACUUGAAUAAUGCAAUUUAAACUUCAAAGCAAGCAUAAUGAAGCAAGUAGCACUGACAGCAACAGCACAAGCAAUCGUCCUGUUUCUAUAUUUUCAUUUUAUGCAUUUCCUGAUUAAAAAGAAGUGGCUGUUGAAUGUAACAUAUCAGAUGCUCUUUUCCCACAAAGUAUACAGCCAGGCAAUAAAGAAAGCAGUCAGGAUCCACCAUCAAUAUGAUCACGUCCAUAUUAAGCAGCAUUGAGUUCUCCUCUGCGCAAAGAGGAGGUUACUAAUGUCAGGUUUGACCUGAAUAAAGUGCAUAUGUUUCCAUUAAUCAUGGAACAUCUGGAGGGGCUGCAGGAAUAACUGCACUUUUGGUAAUCCAAAACACAAUGCUGAAGAGCCUUGAUUUGAUGUCAUCACAUAUCCAUGGUUAAAUCCAGAGACAGUGUGUGCUGUCUAUUCAUCUCUGUAAGUGGCCUUAUUGCGGUCUUCUUUUAGAGGAAAUCAUGCGCCAUGCAAGUCUCUGUAGCCUUUAAGAUGGUGGAGAUAGUUUGGAUCUGCAUCCACCAAUCCAACUGAAAGGAUCUUGGCCAAUAAAUGCACGUCUUCUUCACUCAGAUCCUUCUGUCAAAGAGAUGAAUGUAAAAUAUAUCAUCUUAAUUAUCAUAAAUAAUGGCAGCAUUUUAACUUUGGAUAGUUACUCACCUUCAUGCUGUUGGCAGAUGAUUCAGGAUACUGUAUUUUUUUAGGAUAAAUUCCCUGUCAAAGAAAUAAAUCAUUUCUGAGAAUCACA